AUGUCGUCUCAGUCUGUAGGACGUCUGAUCAGCCAAUUCAACAGACGUUCAAACAAAAACACAUAACUUUAAAUUGCCUUCCAUGCUAUGAUCAUUGCAUAAUUUGGAGUUCACUAAACUGCUUGUAUUUGCGUCUUAUCUAAAACCGCCUUAACAAUUUUAUGUUUUUAACAUAUCCCAAGGAAAGCAUCAUGUCUGGCAGUACUGUUAGCACAGAAAAGGUCCUCGAAACUGUCGGUGGCUUUGGUUGGUAUCAACUUAGGCUUUGUUUCAUGUUGGGAUACACGACUCUCUUCGUCUCAAUGGUGCUAAUGGUAAUGACAUUCAGUACAGCCGAGCCACCAUGGAAGUGCACUCUUAAUUCAACAUCAUGUACUCUUAACGGCACGUUCAAACUUGGCGACGAAAACUUCGAUCUUCGGUGUAAGCUACAACGUAGUGACUGGGAAUUUGCAGUGGAAGGGGACUUUGAUUCGAUUGUGACCGAGUGGGAUUUGGUGUGCGAUAAUGCUGUGUAUGUAAGCAUUGUCAACUCGACAACAUUUCUACUGUUCAUCAUUGGUUCUAUGUUGUCCAGUCUUGUAAGUGACAAAUUUGGAAGAAAAACCGUGGUUUAUCCGUUUGGUCUGUUUGCAUGUCUUUGUGGAUUCCUAUCAGCCUUUGCUCAAACGUACUGGGUAUUUGCAUUGUUCAGGGCUCUUGCUGGAAUUGGUAUCGGUGGCUUUACCAUUUGCUCAUUUGUAUUGGUGAUUGAGUACACCGGUGAGCCUUACCGUAGCAGAGUUGGAUUUUCUAUCUGGUAUGCAUGGGUUCUCGCUCUAGCGCUGUUAGCACUUUUAGGAUAUCUUAUUCCAAGCUGGCGAACCUUGAGCAUCGCCACAAGUGUACCAGGCGUAGUUUCUGUGAUUUUCUGGUGGUUUUCUCCUGAAUCUCUACGAUGGCUGAUAGUUAAAGGGCGAACGAACGAGGCAAUCAAAGUAUUGCAGGAUGUUGCUCGAGUUAACAAGAAAGUCCCUCCUGAUGAUGAUGUUGUAUUCGAGAAGUCCGGAAUAACGGAAAACCAAAAACUCGGGAACAUAAAAGAUCUGUUUGCGACAAAAAAGAUUGGUUUGAGGACCCUUAUUUCAUGGUACUGCUGGUAAGUCGUU